AUGGGCAGUUCUUCCCUCACAGAACUCAGUCUCCCACCUCUUGAUGAGACUAAAUUCCCAAAUCCCCAGAGAAAAUACGGGGCUACACAAAACACCCUCCAGCAUUUUAUCCCUUGCGGUUCAGCCACGGCACCGUCCGUCACACCAGCUCUGGAUGUUUCAGGCGACUCAAAAGUAACACAAACUCCAAUACGCAACAAGGAAGGCAUUGCAACACCGCCUUGGCUUAUCGUGCACGCGGGGGUUGGCGUUCCCUCCCUGUGUUGUAAUGUUUCAAUUAGGUCCGGCAAGGAAAGUGAUAUCAUCCGUUGUUCCAGCCACCGUGGCCGGACGCGAGCACGCUCUGGGGACCCAUUCCGGGGCCCCACGGCUGCCAACACUAGAUUCUACCAAGACCACGCCUGCCAACACCACCUCUACAAGUACAUUUUUUUCAACAUGAGACAUACGAAAACCUUCUCUACCAACGCCACGUCUACCCACACUGCCUCUACCAACGCCACGUCUGCCCACACUGCCUCUACCAACGCCACGUCUGCCCACACUGCCUCUACCAACACCACGUCUGCCCACACUACCUCUACCAAGAAUAGAGCCCACACUGUCUCUACCAACGCCACGUCUACCCACACUGCCUCUACCAACGCCACGUCUACCCACACUGCCUCUACCAACGCCACGUCUACCCACACUGCCUCUACCAACGCCACGUCUACCCACACUACCUCUACCAACACCACGUCUACCCACACUGCCUCUACCAACACCACGUCUGCCCACACUGCCUCUACCAACACCACGUCUACCCACACUGCCUCUACCAACGCCACGUCUGCCCACACUGCCUCUACCAACACCACGUCUGCCCACACUGCCUCUACCAACACCACGUCUGCCCACACUACCUCUACCAACGCCACGUCUGCCCACACUGCCUCUACCAACACCACGUCUGCCCACACUACCUCUACCAAGAAUAGAGCCCACACUGCCUCUACCAACACCACGUCUACCCACACUGCCUCUGCCACCACCACCACGCCUGACCAUACCAUCGCUCGACACCCUUCUGCCUCUCUACCAACACCAUCUUCCAACACCAUUUUCCAUAUCUAUCAAUUCCUCUGCCAGCACCACCUCUACCAACACCAAUCCUGCCCACACCACCUCCACCAACUUCCCUCCACAUCAUAG